AUGCGUGGCCCGCCAGACGAUGCGCGUGGCGAGCAACGGGUGCACCAGUACCAGCACCAACAUCAGCACCAGGACCAAGGUCAACGCCAAGCGUCAGACCGCUUGAGUGUGCGCGAAGAGAGCAAGCAGCAGGAAGAGGUGGAGGAGCUGCUGUCGAACGCGCGCGCGCGGCUGUCGCGCAACGAGCCCGAGAUGGACGUGCACACGCGCGCAUACAUUCCCUUCUUCAAUGCACGCGAGGUGGCCGCGAUGCUCGCCGAGCAGGCCGGCGGCAGCAGCGAGGCGCUCCAGGCGCAGCGGACGCGCACAGCGGCCGCCUGCGGCUUUGUCGCUGCGCUUGGCGCGCGCAUGGGCUUUCCGCAGCGCACGACCUGCACGGCACAGCUGCUCUUCCAGCGCUUUCAUCUCUUUUUCCCCAUGCGCGACUUUGUCCCGCACGAGGUGUCGCUCGCCGCGCUCGCGCUCGCGGCCAAGGUCAACGACACAUACAAGCGCGGCCGCGAUGUGCUGCUCGCAAGCUACGCGAUCCGCUUUCCCCAGCUCGUUAACACCAAGCUCGAAGCGCCGCUCGCUUCCGGCGGAAUCCGGCACGUCGCCGAGUCCGACGUUGACGCAAAGGCACUCGAAGCCGAACGUAAGAAGCUGCACGCUCUCGAAAAGCUCUUCCUCGAGAGCAUAUGCUUCAACUUCCACGCGACCGCCUCUUCCGCGCUGACGCUGGUCGUCAAGCUUGCACGACUGUGGCGCAUAGACAAGGAAGCUUCCGCCACGGCAUGGUGUGUAGCGAGCGAUGCCCAUCGCACGUCCGCCGUGCUGUGCUAUCCAAGCAACAUCAUCGCCGCAGCCAGCCUCUAUCUCGCG